AUGCUCCUCCAAGUUGCAGAGCAGAAAACAGCUGUGGAGGCCGAGAUCCAAGCCCACUCGAUGGUGCACCACCGGAAUGUGGUGCAACUGAUAUGCUCUGAAAUUCGAGGCAAUGCAGAUGGCACUUCUACUGCCUUCCUACUCUUUCCGUACUACCGUGUGAGUAACUCCUCGGCACAGCAUAGAGGUGGGGCAAGCAUGCUUCUUGCUCAGGGUGGUACUCUGCAAGACCUCAUUGACAGAAGUGGGCAGGCCCUCCCUCAGGCAAGGCUGCUGCAGCUCAUGGUUUCUGUGUGCAGAGGUCUGCAUGCCAUGCACCUCAGCUCUCUGGCACACAGGGAUGUGAAGGUAGCAAUACUGUUCGUGGCAUAUGGUAUUAAACUGAGUCUUCUCAAGCCUGCCAACCUAGUGCUGGCCGACUCCCUUGACGAACUGGUGCUGAUGGACUUGGGCAGUGCAGCACGUGCUUCAGUGAAUGUGUCCAGCAGGCAAGAAGCGCUGGCAUUACAGGAGACAUGUGCCCAGACCUGCACUGCUCAGUACAGGGCACCUGAACUAUUUGAGGUUCCCUCCUCUGGGACUAUUACUGCCUCCUCUGAUGUGUGGUCUCUCGGAUGUUGCAUAUAUGCUGCUGCAUUUGGACACAGUCCUUUUGAUGGCUCAGCACUGGCUGCCAUGAGUGGAAGGUUGUCUUUCCCAAGAGAUCAUUCAGAACGAAUUUACAAUGUGGGGUUCAUAGCCCACAUUGAUGCUGGUAAAACGACUACCACAGAGAGGAUGCUGUACUUUGCAGGUCUCACUUCACGUGUUGGUAAUGUUGAUAGUGGGAACACGGUUAUGGACUACCUUCCUCCAGAGAGGGAGAGGGGCAUCACGAUAUCCAGUGCUGCUAUCUCUCUCCCCUGGUCUGGGUGUACCUUGAAUUUGAUAGACACCCCAGGCCAUGCCGACUUCACCUUUGAGGUGGAGAGGACCUUGCCGGUGCUGGAUGGUGCAGUUGUCUUACUUGAUGCUUCUUCAGGAGUGGAGGCUCAGACUGUGGCAGUGUGGCGUCAGGCUAAGUCGUGCAAGAUACCCUGUGUCGCUUUUGUGAACAAGAUGGAUAGCUCCCGAGCCAAUCUGCAGAGCACUGUAGAGUCAAUGGAACAGCAGCUAGGAGUACAGCCAGUGCUGACGCAGCUUCCUGUGGGGGAUGGGAGGGAUUUCCAGGGUGUGGUGGACCUGCUCCAUAUGCAUGCCCUCAUGUGGCCACAAGAAACGGAAGGAACCUCUUACUUUCGUGUCCUACUUGAAAAUCUUCCUCAAGACACUAAAAAACUAGCUCACCACUACCGAGAGCAGCUACUAGAACAGGUGGCAAUGGAGGAUGAUGAGUUGGCCAGUGUGUUACUGGGCAGUGGCUCUGUGAGCCUUGGUCCGGAGGAGCUUUCUCGGGCUCUACGGAGGAGCUGUGCUUCUGGAGCCAUAGUUCCGGUGCUCUGUGGCAGUGCUCUGAGAGGUGUAGCCAUCCAACCUCUGAUGGAUGCUGCCAUUAACUACCUCCCACCUGCCAGUAAACUGAGCUCAAGGAUUCCAGUGGUGGCUCGUGGACUUUGUGCUUAUGCCUUCAAACAAGUGUACGACUCUCACCGAGGCCUACUAGCCUAUGUCCGAGUGCUCUCAGGCUCUCUCAAGUCCCACACAUCCGUCUACAAUCUCUCUACCAAAAGCAGGGAAAAAGUGACCAGGGUUCUCAUGGCACAAGCUGACCGACUACAAGACGUGAAGGAAGCAGGGGAGGGAAGGAUUGCAGUGCUUGUGGGGCUCAAAAAUACCUUUACUGGAGACACUCUAGUGCAGUCAACAGCAGUGGCCAAAUCCUUGGAGGAAGAGGGUGUGGUCUCCCUGUUAACUCCACCCACUGUACCUCCACCAGUGUUCCUCUGCACUGUGGAGCCAUCGUCUUCAGCCAACCAGAAGAAUUUGGAGGAAGCACUGCUGAUCUUGUCGCGAGAGGACCCGAGUCUUCGAGUGACAUUUGACUCUGACACUGGUCAGACGGUUUUGUCUGGGAUGGGUGAGCUCCAUUUGGAGGUAGUUGAGGAGCGACUGAAGAGGGUGUAUGGUGUUGAGUGUGAGCUGGGGCCGUUGCAGGUGGCCUACCGAGAGAGUCUGCUGCGGGAGACAUUUGCAACUGCUGCUCUGGACCGAGCCAUUGGAUCGUCAAAGCACUCUGUGUUUGCAAGAGUAGGGCUGUAUCCCCGAGAGCCUGGGAAUGGUGUGAGUGUGAGCUUUGGGUCGGAGGUGAAGCUGGAGAAGAGCAUGACACAGGUCCUGAGCUCAGCAGUGGAGACUAGUCUCACUCGAGGCCCUCUGCUGGGGUUCCCCAUGGAAGGUGUCUCUGUGUGUGUGGAGGAGCUGACUGGUGAUGGAGUGGCUCCUCUGCCUCUCCUCUCAGCCUGUCUGGCCCAGGCAGUCCAGAAGGCACUGGAAGUGGCAGAGAUUGGGCUGCUAGAGCCACUGACACAACUAGAGGUCGUAGUACCAGAGGAGUUGGUUGGAGUAGUUCUUUCAGAUCUGACAUCCACGAGAAGGGCUCAGGUGCAGUGUUUGUCUGAGGGUGUGGGUGGUGAGAGAACAGUACUGGCCCAAGUCCCUCUCACAACACUCCUUGGCUAUGCCAAAGACCUGCGCAGUAUGACUAGUGGUUCUGCCAGUUUCACUAUGUUGUCUGCUGGUCAUCUACAAAUGGACAACCACCAACAGAACGCUGUAGUUAAACAGAUACGAGGCUAUUAACCAGUGUCUAUAGCUACUAUCCGUUUGAAACUGAAAACUGAUUGGAAGACAUGAAUAUCAAAAGAAGUGGAAUGAAGUGGUGGGUGUGAACAAACUACUAAUAUUGAAGAUGAAAAAUAGUGAGUAAGCUGUUUGGUGGACUGUACAGGAAGUGACUCACAAAACAAAAGAAAAGCUGUGUACAAAAAAGUAAUCUGUGUAAAAAAGUAAGAAACAAAAACAGCAAUGUGUGUGGUGCCAGUGGAAUGGGACAGUCUCAGAAUGAGAAUGCAUUUGGUUGAGAUGUGACGCUGGUGUAGACAGUGUUGUGGGCCUCAGUUGUCAUGGGUGAAGAAAACUCUGCCUCAAAAGGGCCCAGGUUCUCAGGAGGGGAGCCCCAGGCAGACAUGUUCUGGUGGUAGGCAAUGGGUGACACUGCAGGUCUGCUGCCUGCCUCAUACGAGGCAGGGGGGUACUGGAACGCUGCCAUGGCUGCCGCUGACUGGGGAGAAAUCUGGCCCAGGGAAUCAGGGGUGGGCGGAGCUUGGGGGGUCAAAGGUGGGAUCUGUACCUUUCCCUGAGCCAGGGGUUGUGUGGCGGUCUGAGCCUGCCUGGCAAGAGCCUCUGCUUGAAUGGCUUUCUUCUUGUCCUUGCACCUCUUGUUCUGGAACCACACUCGAAUGACUCGUGAACUGAGCCCUGUCAGCUCCACCAGGUGCUCCUUUAGGAGGGCGUCUGGUCUGGGGUUACUGGCAUACACAGUCCUGAGAGUCUGGAGCUGCUGCUCUGAGAGCACAGUCCUCACACGAGGUCCUUUGUCAGCCACACUGCCCCUCUUCCUGGGGCCUGUUGACACCGCAUCUGGGCCAGGGCACCGGCUGUUAGCAUUACUUGAUUCUGGUGCAGUGCAGGUAGAGGGUGGAUCAAGAGGCAGAGAGUCAAAGUGUUUGUGGCAGAAGAGCUUUCCUGAGCUGACAGCGUACUGCUCUCCGGGCUGGAGUCGAUGCUCACAGGCAGAACACUGGAAGCACUCCAAAUGGAACACCUGAACACAAAUUGCCUUGUCACACAAACAGCAAAAAUGAGGUCGUUAUCUGGCGACCUGUGACUUGGCUCGCAUGAUGAGGUCCGAGGCACCAAUGUUACAGUGGCAGAGGGCACACACACACCCAAACAGCCUGUGUGUCAAGACGAAGGAGGGAAGCUGUGAACAAGUCUCAGGUUUGCAAAUAGUCUGCUGAGUUUACAGGUACACUAGCAAUGAGCCAAGUUGGCAGUAACCAUGACAACCAGGCAUGUGCAUAUAGUGCAGUGAGUCAAGGUCUGGAGGGGAAAGAAACGCCAGCA